UCUUGUUUUGUAAACUUUCAGGUCGGCUUGACAUUCAAGGAAAGCUCCAAAAUUGUUGAAACUUUCGAUUUGUGUCUGUUGCUUUCCUGAAUAGACAAAAGACAGACGUACGACCUAUUGGAAACUUGGAUGUGAGCAUUACGGCUGAAUAAAGUUGGAUACUUCAUUCAUUUUUGAUUGUUAAAAUCCUGGUGUAUUUCCUUCUUUGUCAAACGUUAACUAACUUUUCUAACGAAAUAUUUUUCCACGCUCACUCAUAUAACUCUCAGGUUGGAUACUGUUAUUGAAGGUGGCUAAAGAAAUUAGAACAGAAACUACGACAAAUUCCUGCACAAAUUAUGGAUUUCAGUACUUUGAACUCAGUUUCAGUAUUAAAUGGGUGACUUCUGAAUAUGAACGUCGAGUUUACUGAAAUGCAGAAUAAAUCGUAUUCAUCGGUAAAUAAUGAUCGUUUAGCAUAUUUAUUAGACCAUGUUGUUUAACUAAGUUUAAAACCUUGUUUCAUUUUCCACCGAGGAACUUGUUACUUGCUACUUUUCUACUUAUUUCCUACACUGCGAAAUAUAAUUUAUUUCAGUCCCUUUCAUUUUUCGUAUACCGUUUUACUUGUUCAACUGAAUACUUUUUUAGAUUUUAAUUGUCUUCAAUCUGCCGUAAGAUAAUAUCUUUCAAAGAUAGUUUUCUAGAGUUGCAUAUGGCUUAUGAUAGAUCUUAAAGUAAUGUAGUUAAUUAUUUUUUCAAAGCUUCUUCAGCUAAGUACGCUAAUAUGUAAUUUUUAAACUACUCUCCACCAUUUCUUUUGUUCUUUCCUUUCAGAUUCCAUACGUCAUGUGUUUUGUCUAGUCAACUUCAAACACACUAUUUUGUUGUCAUCCUAUUUAUAGACACAUGUGCUGCUAAUUAAGCCCCUUAUAAUUCAAAAACGCUAAUUUAUCAACAAACUAUCAUGAAUGUUCAAAGUAUUAAUGUCCAAAGAAUAAUAUUUUUAAUUUUCUUUUUAAUAUUUCUUAGCCUUUGCCUUCUUAGUCUUAAUGAAUAUAUUGUGAUAAAAAAUGUCUGGUUUAUAUUCACUCCGCUAUGGAUAUGGAAUAUUUUGGUGUUUACAAGUUUAAUUUCAUUGUCCAUUAUAAAAUGUACUAGACUAACCAAGUUCUUUCUGUUUUAUUGUCUUUACCAAGUACAUAUAUUUUUGUUUCAAAUAUUCAUCUGUCUUAAAUUGGAGAGUGAUACCUUUCCGUGGUGCGUAGUCUUAAUUCCAGUGUUUGGAUUGUGUCUUUUAGGAUUCUUGACUGUUACUAAAGAUUUUCGUAGAUUAAAUGUCUACGAGUUGGAAGUAUUUCUCUCUUUAAAUUUACCUUGUAUUAUUUUGAUUGGUUUACGCUUAGAUAAUUGUAUUCAUUGGAGUUGGGCUGUAGUAUUAAUACCAUUUUGGAUAACAAUGGCAUUUCUGGUGGUGCAGUUAUUACACGGUUUGUUUCUAGUUGCUAUAUUGUGUGGAUCAAACCAUUUCGAACAGAAAGAUCGUAAUCAGACUAUUAUUAGAAUAACUGGGUAUUCUUCAGUCGCAUUUUCAUUUCUAAUAUUUUCUAUCUUUCUAGUUUGCAAGCUGGAUAAAAUCCACUCGUUUACAUAUGUAGAAAUCUUUUCCCCUCUUAUUAUUUCCGUCAUAUUAAUGCUGAUUCUUACAGUUUUCACCGAGUAUCCGAAUAAUAUAAUUCUUGAAGCUUUACAUACUAUACAUGGCGAAAACUCUUCACCAGGAUAUUUCUCAGGAACACAGUCUUCGACAAACGGUUCAUCAAAUGUUGUUCCAUGUCAGGUUUCUAAUCGCAUCGUUUGGACAAAUGAUCUGCCAGAUACGUGCAAGGAUAUAAAAGUAAGAGAUUCUUCGAAUACGUGUGAAAACAAGACACUCCUAGAUAACAGUUCUCAAAAAAUUCUGUCUAACACAAGGACUACUGAGAAUGAUUUAUUAAACAAAGAAAUGCAUUUACAAAUUCCGAACCAACAUACCUCAUUAUCACUCCCAGAUUAAUACAAUCAAAUCUAUUGUUUGCGAUAAGAAGAAUUUUAUUGCUUACUUUCUCCUAUAACCUCUUUAUUCAAUGCCUAUUGUAUAACGAUAUUUGAUGAAAUUAUUGUUUUCUUGCUACAUUCAAUCUCACAGGUUAUCAUUUAUUUCACAAAGAAAAAUUUAUUAUACAGAAACCAAGUGUUUUUAGAGAAGCUUUCUUUAAAUAACAUAUAUAUAUAUAUUGCUGGUA